CAUAUUUCAGCAAUCCUGACUUCAGUUUUCAGUGUUGUGCGCUACUGUUAGUUAACGUUGUUUCUGGGACAGUAGAGGAGUAUGGCUUCCCAGUUAUCUAAUUCUGGAAAUAUCCAGGAUGAAGCUCAAGAAAAAUUAUUUUCAGAUAAUAAUGUCUCGAAUGAACCCAAAAUAGAAAUCAAAUUUCUUGAUCCCAAAAAUGGUGACACUAAGAUUGAUAUUUCUGAAGUUAGACAAGUUUUUGUUGGCAUGGGAAAAGAUGAGCUAAUGAAGUUUGCUAAUGACCCGUUUUGGGUUAAAAUGAGAUGGUUUUUGUUUAUUCUUUUCUGGGUAAUGUGGGUAGGAAUGCUUGCUGGAGCAAUAGCAAUAAUUCUGUUUGCUCCCAAAUGUGAUUCACUUGUUAUGAGUCAGAAACAAGGAAACACUUUUUAUCGGGUAAAUGUGAAAAACUUUAAAGAUAGCAAUGGUGAUGGAAAGGGUGAUAUUGCUGGUUUAGAAUCAAAACUUGAUUAUUUGAAAAAUAUGGGAGUUGAUACCAUCUUGAUUAAUUCAUUGAUGGAAACCACACCUGGAACAGAUGAUGUAGUAAAUUUUACUGCUAUUGAUGCAGAUUAUGGAACACUUUCUGAUUUGAAGAAAUUAGUAUCUACUGCUAAAAGCAAAGGUUUGAGGCUGUUAAUGUCUAUUAUCCCUAAUUUUUCAAGUAUUAAACAUAAAUGGUUUGAGUAUUCUGUUGAAAGAAAGGAUCCUUACACACAUUACUACAUUUGGACAGAGCCCAGUACUGAUGAAGAUGGUUCCCCCAAACCUGUUAAUAAUUGGGUAAGUGUUGGAGGUGGUUCUGCUUGGGAAUGGAAUGAAAAACGAAAACAAUUUUAUUUACAUCAGUUCAACGUUUCACAACCUGAUUUUAACUUCACAAAUCCUGCUGUUAUUAACUAUUUCCAAGAUGUAUUCAAAUUUUGGUUAGAAACUGGAUUGAGUGGCCUGCACCUUGAUAAAGUAGAAUAUUUGAUAGAAGACAGUCAGUUGAAAAAUGAAACUCCUGAUGGAUCAGCUACUGGAACUACACAAAUGGAUUACAAGUUUUUCUCUCAUACACGUACUACAUACUUGUCAGAAACUUUAGUUGUUUUAUCUGCAUGGGCUAAUAUUUUCAAGAAUUAUUCCGCGAUUUUAUCAGUUAGUGGUAUCCAAGAUGGUGUAAAUUUUGAAAAAGGAGAUUUCAUUUAUAGGCCUAUAAGAGUUACAAAAGAUCUGAAAGCAAGAGAACUUUAUGAUGCCAUACGCAGUCGUUUGAAUAAAACCUCUCAAACUUGGGGAAUUGUAUGUGAUUCAAAUGAACCUUGUAAUGAAAAUAAAUUGAUUGGACUUCAAGUAUUACUAUUGAUGCUACCAGGUACAGCAGUGAUUGAAAGUGGCCUUGAGCUUGGCCUUCCUCUUUCUUAUAUAUUCCAAUGGGACACAUCAUUAAAGAAUCAAGGGUUUUCAGAGAAUCAACCUUGGAAACCAUUUGAGAACAUUUACAGUAAUAGGAGUUUAGCCAAAGAAAAAAGUGAUCCAAAUAGCUUCUAUAGUAUUUUCAAAAGCAUUUUUGACCAUAGGCACUCCCCCUCAGUCAUGCAUGGUGCUACAAAUAUGAUAGUUGUUGAUAAUUCCAUUUUGGUGCUCACCAGGAUCAAACCUGAAAACCCACAAUAUUUAGUUGCCUUUAAUCUAGAGGAAUCAGAAAGAAAUGUUAAUCUUCUUGAAGUAUUGAAUGAAAAUUCAACUAAAGUAGAUUUAGUUACUUCUUCAUCCAAUUUUGAUAAGAAAACAUUUUUGGAUUCAAAGGAUAUCAAAAGUAUAAAAUUACCUGGAUUCUCAUUCAUAAUUUUGCAGUUUGUAUAAGAGACUUAAUGAGCUGAAAGAGGAAAAUAAAAGCUUUUUAUCUAGAAGAUGAAAAUAAAAGCUUUUUAUUCAAGUUUUUUUAGCAAAUACAUGUGACUUUAUUUAUAUAUAUUUUUUCUAUUCAUUUAUUUUCUUAUUAUUUUUGUUGAUUUCUAUUAUUGAAUAAAAUUGAUCUGAAGUA